AGGGAGAGGGAUGGAGGAGACCAACCCACCGCCACCAUCAUCAUCGUCAUCAUCAUCAGUGAAUGUGCAGAGCGAGAGGAUGAAAAUUCAAAACCCUCCAGCUCCUGUUUCACUGCUGAGCUGAGUCAGAUGGGAACUGGCUAAUUCCUGGAUCCUCACUGGCAGAAAACACGAGGAAAGGAAGGGAUUAAGCUGCAAUCACGUUUCAUACUACGCAGGAAGAUUUUGGAUCUCACCUCCAUAACUGCUGGUGCUGGUUAGUCACAGGAAGCAGAGGGAAUCUUGAAAAAGGACUGAGGAAGAGGGGAGAAGGUUUGCAUAACUGAUCCACCUGGAUAUAGAGAGUGACUGACUAAUCUCUGGAAUAUCAUAACAGGAGCAGAAUGCAGCAUGGCUUUAACUGAGUGGUGCCUGAUUAAUUCCUGGAAGUGUUCCCUUUGACUGUGGGGACUGACUACUCCCUGAUACUUAAACCCUUUAGUCUUCCUGUGUGUGUUACUGAGGCUGGAACCUGACUAAUACCUGGAAUCACUGACUGCCUUACUGCCCUGAAUACCCCUCCCUCCUCCCUGCUGCUACAGGAACUGGACUGUGUUAAAGGUCUACAGCCUCCCCUCUGGGACCUGGUUAGUCUUUGGAUCAGCGUGUCUGGCAUGUUCUGUUUCUGCCUGCAGAGUUCCCUGCUGAAGCUCCAGGCACUGGAGGUGGACGGGGCCCCUUCGUUGGGUCCAUCUCCUGAGGGGAGCCCUCCUGCUCUGGCCAGCAAGGAGCAGAAAAGCCCCUGUAGCUCGACUGAGCUUGGAGGAGAGAAGGAGGUGAAGACGCUCGCCCUGUGUCAUAACGUCGAUGAGAACAGCCCACCAGAGCUGCUGACAGUCCUCUGCAGACCUCCACAGUCGCCCAGACACCAGCCGCUGACCUCCAUCCAGCAGCCCCUGACCCCCGACGGAGCGCCAGCCGCCAGCCCCCACCACUCCCCCUACUCCACACAGAGGAGCAGCCCUGGGGGGGAGGGGGGAGGAGGAGGUGGAGGAGGAGAGGGAGGAGGAGGUGGGGCUCUACUCCAGCUGCUGGCAGGAGGACCGAGCCCCCUCCCCUCUCCCCGCUGCUCCAGCCUCAGCCACAGUCUGAGGUUCAACUCCGACCCCGACACAGCUCCAUCACCGCCCUGCAGCCAACAGUACAUGCUGUCUCGAGGUCGGGCUCGGACAGAGGCACCAGAAGAUGAAUGCCCAUCCUCUAUCCCGUUCCUCACCAGACAGAUCCAAACACUGAAGAAGAAAGUCCGCAGGUUCGAGGACCAGUUUGAGCAGGAGAUGAACUACAAGCCGUCUCAUAAUGAUAAAUAUUCAAAUCCAGAGAUGGUGAGAGUGAUGAAUGAGCUGGCAAAGGCUCGAAAACAGCUGAAAGAACUGCGACUCAGACAGUCAGUGUUUGAGUCGAAGGAGCAGGAAGGUCCGAGCAGCGACGUCUGCAGAUACAGUUCUGUCCAACAGGGGGCGUCUGAGCACAAACCAACACUGGAGGAAACAGUGGAGUCUCUGUUCAGACGAUUAAAGGAGAAAAGGCAAACACUGGGUCUUCCCGACAACAUGAAGGAGAUGACUCAGGCCCAGAUGGUUCUGGAGAAAAUCACUCUGCAGAAAUGCCUGCUGUACUUUGAGAGUCUGCAUGGCCGACCGGGUACAAAGCAGGAGAAGAACCUGGUGAAGCCUCUGUAUGACAGAUACCAGAUGAUCAAACAUUUACUGUGUGCCAGCCCAACCAUCAGCACCAUAGAGGAGGAGGACGAUGAUGCUUCAGAUGAAGAUGACUCAACAAGCUCGAUGACGGUUGAAGAAUGUCCUGUCCCGCCUCCUCGUAGGGUGACCAGACCGGCAUCCGGCGAGGAGGACAGUGACCGGGACAGUGAUCCUGCCUUUGUAUCCCCUAUGGACGAGGUGAAAGCAGUCCGUCAGCAACCUGUACUCACCAUGAGCAACCUGCAUGAAGCAUCCAGGUGUCAACUGCUGGAGUGUCUGCGGCAAACCAGAGCAGAGAAGAAGGCGAGGCGUAAAGUUCUGAGGGAGUUUGAGGAGGAGUUUCACCGCCAGACUGGAAGAAUCUGCCAAAAAGAAGAUCGGACUCCAAUGAAAGACGAAUACCAGGAGUACAAGCAGCUGAAAGCUAAACUCCGCCUCCUGGAAGUCCUGCUCAGCAAACAGGAAGACCCCAAAACCAUGUGAUAAUUUGUUACAGUCGUUAAUUCACUAAGUCAAACAUGUCACCUCUACAACCUUUAUUUAUGGACAGUAACUGUGUUUUAGCCUACAUUCCCAAUUGGAUUGACUUGGGUUUUGAUUGUUUAAAAGCUGGUAAUCCAACCUAUUUGAAGAUAAAAAUCCAAAAUCUAACACAUCUCAUAUUGUGAUGAAUCUCACAAAUGUACACAAUCGGCCAUUUUGGUGAAAUGUAGAGGCCAUUCUACUAUUGUUUCCUUCAAAUGUGAAAAUUCAAAGAGCAUUUAAAGCUGCAGGAGCUUAAAUGAGGGUGAAAAAAGACCACAAUGUUAAAAUAAUCACCUUCCUAAUGAAGCUCUUUCCUGUCUGUCCAAAUCAAAGGACUAAAUAUAAAGACAGACGAACUAUUGUUGUCAUGGAAGAGUAUUGACAUGGAGUAGAGCAGUAGAAUCACAGCCAGGUCACAUAUGAUGGUAUCAGAUCACUUAUAUUUAACCUUCAUAUCAGUUUAAAAUUGCCUGUUAUUUGACAAAACCUGCAUUGCAUCAUGGGAAAGAUCUCAUUCAUGCUGAAAACACAGGCUUGUUUCCUCUCAGACCAUUUUAACUACAAUAUACUGAAAGGUAAUUAUGGAACUUCACCCAGUGAUGCUAAAAAAAACUAUCAGUUUAAUAACAUGGAUCCACAAGUGUCUGCUGAUUGGACACAGUAUGACUCAUGCAUAAACAGUGCAGCCUGACUGGCAGCAUUUUGGUGUCUUAUCAAACCAAAACUGUUGUCAAUGAGGGAGACGCAAGUAUGACUAAGGUACUAAAUGCAGGAGAAAUGAGUGUGAAGCACUCAUUUGGAUGUAGCCAAAGACAUGGUACUGUUUAAGGCGGCAGAGAAUGUGGAUUUUAAAAUGCUAAUGCGGGCUGUAGAUCUGCGAUAUUUGCUUAGCCGAAAAUUAUUUCCAGUGUUAUUUGUCUUCAAUCAGAAUAUUUAAGACAAAUGUUGGAUGAAGUGUCAUUUUCACAUGACUAUUUAAUUGUUAUUUUAUUACCAAGGUAUUUUUUCACUGCCAUUUGCAACUCUUUAUUAAAUAUUUAUUUAGAUUAUCCAGUAAACUUAGAAUUAACUAUUAUUUUAUUACCAAAAUAAUGAUCUAUACAGGAAAUCCUUAGAAUACUGUGUAAGAAUUACCCAAAUAAAAAAUGUUUUGCCAUUAAGCAUCAUCACGAUCACUAACUCUGCAGGAAAUCCAGACACUUUACGUAUUUUAAUAAAACCUCAUUAAUGUAAACACGUGUUGAAAGUAUAAAUACUGUAGCAGAGUUUAUGAAGUUCAAUCAGUUUGGUUCUCUGUACUGAGCUGAACCAGCAUCCUGCAGCACAACAUGUGAUUCAAUAACUACAUUUGCCUGAUUCAAAGAAGAUAGUCCUACAUCUCAUACGUUAGAUUUAGCUAAACUUUACCUUUUACUGGACUGUGUGUGUGCCAAACUGAAAGCACUUUAAUCUGUCGGUGAGUUUGUGGAUGAAAGACGAGAGCUUGAAGACACUGAACCUCCUCCAUGUUCACGUUCGACUCUUCACUUCUUUCACCUUGAAGCUUAUACAAGUUUAUAGAUUCAUUUUCAAGAAGCCAUGAAUCGUUUCUUGAUAUUUAUUACUGACACAUCAAAAUGUAUAUACGAGAGGACUAUUAAUAUAGUGGUUGUUAAUCAUUAGUUCAGCAGAUAAAUCUUUUAAUACAUUAAUGUAAACAUAAGAAUGCAUCAAAAAUACAAAGCAGAAGUAUUAAAGUAACAAAUGUAAUGGAUGAUAUCUAGAAUCAUAUAUUUUUUUCCUGAAUGAGCCAAGAAAUAUAUUUUCAUAAAUAAGUCACUGUUCAGAUCAAUAUAAAUAUAUUUUAUUUAAUGAUUAAUAAUGAAUAUCUAUACAGUUAUGAUGUUGUAAUUUGUGUUUUCACAGGUAGACUACCUAAUUUACAGUAUAAUAUGAUUAUUGAAAGGUGAGGCUGCUGUUUGGUCAGAUUUAUCAUUUAUAGAGGCUCUAGUUGUUAUGAUGUACGGACAUGGUGACUUCUGGCGUACUGAUUCUUUCCAGAAUGCCAAAGGUUCUUGGAUGACAUACUAAUGUCACAGAAUGCCAUUUGAGAUUACCAUUUGCAUGAUGCACUGCACCCCACAAUCAUUACAGUCAAUAUGGAAACCUGAGUGAACUUUUGGCAUCCUGUAUGUUCACAUGAAAAUAAAAAAUCAGAAGCCUCACCAUGGUUUUAUAUUCAGGCAGCUUCACAUGAUGAACUGCAGCAGGUUCAGUGUCUUAUUGAGAUUUAUAUAAAACUGGAGAUCUUUGGAAUGAAAUUACAGUGUAAAAUUGUUAAUAUAUAUGAUGUUCUUCAAAACAGAAUCACUGAAUAAUGUGAAACGUAUCCAUAUCAUAGCACUUUAUGUUGAAAAAGGGAAUUUAUUUUUAUCCAAAGUCUAAUAUGCAAAAUGAUCUGUAUGUAGAGAUCGCUUACAGUUUCUGUUUUACAGAACAAACAUUAGUCGCAUGUUAUUGUGAAAAACCUAUCUGCCCUCUUGUAAAUAAUCUUUACUGUGUCUCCAUGAAUGUCAGAGUUGUAAAAAAAAAAAAAAAAGGGCUUGAACUUCCAAAGUAUAUCCAUAAAUAAACUUGUUGGUAUCCUGGUACAUGAAUAUUAAGAGAAAUGUGCAGUAUUUUCAGUAUUCUGCUGUUAGAUUAAUGAAAUCCAAAAACCUGUGUGUGUUUGUAUUGUCCUGAUCCUGUUACAAUGUGUUAAAUGAUCACAGAGGCUCAAUUUUUACCAAAUCCGGCUCUUGUUUUUUUGGGGGUUUUUUUUGUAUUAAACUGUGCAUGUCAUGGUUUAUUUAUGCCUGACAGUUAUUCAUGGAUUCAUGCUACAAUGAUAUCAAAAAGUUCCUGUGUUGUGCAAAUAUGGUUUGCCUGACAAAUUUGUUAUACAGUUGAAAAUAAAUAUUUUUGCUAUAAA